AUUUUUCGAGCGUUCCGUUUCCUGUGACGUCAUACAUAGUUGCUAAACGGCCAAACUAUGGUAAAAAGUUGCUGUUUACUUCUUAAUUAUCUUAAAUAUUAUAUUUAUAGGAGAAUUUAAAUUAUGUGUCAUAAAUUAUUUUUGAUAAUCGACACAUAUUGAUGCGUAUCAAGUUGUAUUCGAUUAAAUAAUGACUAAGUUUGUGAUAUCGUCAUAAUAACUCGUAUAAACGUUGCCAACAGGGCCUUCUGUCUAUGCUCCGGCGCCUCAAAUCUCAACCUGACAAAGAACUGAGAAUUUUAUUGCUUGGAUUAGAUAACGCUGGUAAAACAACUCUACUAAAGAAGUUAGCCUCGGAAGAUGUUAGCCACAUAACGCCAACACAUGGGUUUAACAUCAAGUCUGUCUCAUCAAACGGCUUCAAAUUAAACGUAUGGGAUAUUGGUGGACAGCGAAAAAUUCGACCGUACUGGCGAAAUUACUUUGAAAAUACAGACGUUCUUAUAUAUGUCAUUGAUUCGUCUGAUAGGAAGAGAUUGGACGAGACAGGCGUAGAAUUGAGAGAAUUGUUUGAUGAGGAAAAAUUGGCUGGUGUUCCUGUCGUCGUGUAUGCCAACAAGCAGGAUUUAUUUGAUGCGGCUCCACCUGAUGAAAUUAGCGAUAGUUUAGAAUUAUUAUCUCUAAGAGAUCGAGCAUGGCAUAUACAGGCUUGUUCAGCGUUGACAGGGGAAGGAGUAACGGAAGGUAUGGAGUGGGCAAUGAAAACUGUCGGUAGAAAGAAGAAGUAA